AUGAAUUUACUUCAUGCAUAUAUACCGUCUUAUACAAAUCAAAAUAUGUGCAUUCAAAAUGGAACUGUUCAAAAAUAUAACUCAAACUCAAAUUCAAAUAAUGGAUCGAACGUUUAUGUGAAUCCUUUCCCUAUUUCUUAUAUGAAUACAAAUAUGUUAUUAGGAAAUAAUAAUACAGCAUUGAGUAUGUAUAACAAUAACACGAUAAAACCACAGUUUGAUAUAAAUCCAAAAGUAUAUUCAAGAGACUUUAAUCGAAGUAAUUUUAAUAAUGUAAUUAAUAAAGUCCCUAUAAAAUACGAGAGUACCUCAAAUUAUAAUAGAUAUAAUAAUAAUAUUAGCAAUAACUAUUUAACAGGACAAGAUGAAUGCUUAUAUAAGUCAUGUCUUGAUAGUAGAGUGUUUAGUUUACAAUAUAACAAGAAUAAUAAUAAAAGUGUUACAUAUGAUAUAUAUAGAGAUAACUUUAAAAGAGUUAUAAUAUUUGAUCUGGAUGAUACUUUAAUUCCUACAUGUUGGAUUAGGGAUAGAUUAACAUCUAAAUAUAACCUUAGUUAUGAGCAAUCUCUUAAAGAGGUAAAAAAAGAAAUACAAACAAAUAAAAACUAUAACUUUGAAUCAUCAGUAUGUUCUGUGAUACGUCUAUCUAUGUCUAUAUCAUCUGGAGUAUUUAUUGUAACAAAUGCAAGGAGUGAUAAAUGGAUAGAAACAGUAAGAUGGUUAUUUCCUCAAUUUUCAAAAGUUUUAGAUGAAUACAACAUUCCUAUAAUACGAACAGAUCAGCAUAUGGAACCAUCUCCUUUAAAAAUGUAUGAAUAUUUUCGAUAUUGGAUGAAUGCUAAGAAAAAAAAGUUUUUUGAAAUAAUUAUAGAUCAUAGAAAUUUGUGUAAUCAAUAUAUUUCGAGCAAAAUCGAUUUUAUUUCUUUGGGGGACACUGAAUUUGAAGAAGUAGCAACGGAAGAACUUCAUAUGAGUAAUAAGAAUAUAAUAAAUAAGGCGUUUAACAUAAAGGUUCAAUCUGGAUUAUCACUAUGCGAAUUUAUUGGACAACUAAAAUUGAUACAAGUAGCUUUAUCCAUAAUUACUAAAGAAUCUUAUUCAUAUAAAUAUUUAGCUUUGUCUGGAUCUGUUCAAAUUAAAUUAUUCGAUUAG